AUGUCCAAUGAUCGUCAACGAAUACGUCAGCUAAAAUAUCAUAUUAAUCAGUUAUUAUCGGAAUUACGUAUGAUUGAAUCGAGCAAUAAUAUUCAACCAUUAAAUAUAUCAAUCAAUUCUCAAUUAACAACACUGUCACAUGAUGAAAAUUUUUGUCCAUAUGCAUCGUGCAAACAAAAACCGGCUAUAUUACAUUCAACAACCAAUAAUGAAUAUAGAAGAAAAACGAAAAAAUUCUUAUUUGCUGCACCAGCACGAGCAACAAGUACACCGAAAAGUUCUCCCAAUCAUAAUAGAAUGAUGCUUAAACCUCAUCAUACAUCAACACCAAGACGUAGUAGUAAACGUCAUUCAACUCCUUUGGCUGCUAUGCCAACAAAUAAUAUGAUUCCAUUGAAACGUCUUCUCUACAAUAAAGAUUACGAUCAACAUAAACGUCGACAUUCAGCUGUUCCUUUUUCUAAGCGUUCAAUUCUACCACGUUUACAACCGAUUGAUGAAAAUCCACAAUGGAUUUAG